GGCCUGUGCCGUCAAAGCUUCCGCCUUCUCCUAAUAGCCGUCCUCCUCCACAGCUGGUGCUACUGAAUUCCCCCACCCAUCAUACGCUUUCCUCGGGCGGCAGACAGAGCAGAUCCAGGAGCUAGGGAGAAAAGUCGACCCGGUUCUCCCCUCGACACAGUUAGCUCGACCAGUUUAGGAGGCAGCGGUGGGGGAGACACUGGCGUUAACAGCCAACGCUGCAACGUGCACAGUUGCAGACAUACACUCCUCCUCUCUCCCCUCCCUCGCUCCCUCCCUCUCUCACUUUGGUGCUGGGCUCCGCACAGCUCCUCCACUCAUUCGUCGCUGAUUCACCCGCUUGCCUCUCCUCUGCCAGUCGCUCUGCCUGUGCUGUGCUCUGCCUGCCUGCCUGAGAAUGGUCCAGCCGGUGCCUGGGGGUCUGCUGUCGCAGCCUGUCUGAACGCACACACAAACACAAGAGUCGGUCGACACGCGGAAGCACUCACGCAUUAUCUGGAGAGCAAUGUGAGAGAGGAAGUGCCUUUGCUGAUGUGUGCUGCAGCUUUGACCUGCUUCUACCGCUGAAGCUCUAUCUUCUCCCCGCCCCUCCCGCCUCGCUCGCUUGCUGCCAUAGCGCAAGGAAAAGUGGCCGCGCCCUCCUCUGACUGCGCUCCGACCCGUUCGUCCAUCCGCCAUCACCGCCAUCCACCCCUCCCAGUGGGCCGCAGCCUCCACUAAGCCUCACCUGACAGCCCAGCAGCCCGAUUCGCCACAAGGCCCACGCAGAGCAUCACACACCUUGCCUUUACUUACCUUCGCCUUGGACCCUUUAAGCCUCCACACAGUCCUCAGUGUCCUUAAUCCCCAUACCCCAAAGCAGACUACAUCCCAGACUAUCACCUUUGUUGCCUGCUUCACUGCAUCUUAACCAGAGGGCUUUCUCUCCUAUGCCACUUUGGCUCAUGAAUGCACCAGACAAGAAGAAUCAGUGAGUAAUAAGAGUGAAUAUUCAGGCAGGCUGCCUCCUGGAUAAAACCAAUUUACUCGAUCGAGAAGAUGUUGCAAUAGCAUUCACGGCCUUACUUCGUCCUGCAACAUUUCACCCUGGACCCUUCGGAAACUUUUUUCUUUUUAAAAAGAAAAACCAUCAUCUCAACCUCGCAGGCAAUAUCAGCAUAAAAACACAAACAAAAAGCGAAAUCGUGGAUUAAAACCCAAAGCGGUACGCUUUGAUCGAGGCUCGUCGAACCAAUCUCAGCUGGGAAUUGAUUUUUUUGGGUGCCAGCGCGUUGCCAUGGCGAUGAACAUAGCACAGAUCCGUGACACAAAGUGGCUGACGCUCGAGGUAUGCAGGGAGUUUCAGAGAGGCACGUGCUCCCGCUCGGACCAGGAGUGCAAGUUCGCUCAUCCGGCGAAGAGCUGCCAGGUGGAAAACGGACGGGUCAUUGCUUGCUUCGACUCACUCAAGGGCCGCUGUUCCAGAGAGAACUGCAAAUACCUGCACCCUCCUCCGCACCUAAAGAACCAACUGGAGAUCAAUGGCAGAAACAACCUGAUUCAGCAGAAGAACAUGGUCAUGCUGGCUCAACAGAUGCAGCUCGCCAACGCCAUGAUGCCUGCCACGCAGCUACCGCCCAUGCCGAUGCUAAGUGUUUUAUUGCCUGUAACUGAUGCUGCAGCCGCGGCCUUUAAUCCCUACCUGAGCCCCGUGUCGCCAGGCCUGAUGCCCCCGGAGAUCCUGCCCAGCACCCCAGUCCUCAUGGCUUCCAGCCCUGCCGUCAGCCAAGUCCCCAACGCUGCCGCUGCAGCCCAGAAGCUGCUGAGAACAGACAGACUUGAGGUGUGUCGCGAGUACCAGAGGGGCAACUGUUCCCGGGGGGAGGACGACUGUCGCUUUGCCCACCCCUCAGACAGCACCAUGAUCGACACCACCGACAACACCGUCACCGUGUGCAUGGACUACAUCAAGGGGCGGUGCUCCCGCGAGAAGUGCAAGUACUUCCACCCGCCGGCGCACCUGCAGGCUAAAAUUAAGGCCACCCAGCACCAGGUGAACCAGGCCUCCGCCGCAUCAUGUGCUCGCUGCCUGCUAAUUAAGACUCAGUCGGCUGUCAAAUCACUGAAGCGACCCCUCGACGCAACCUUUGACCUGGGUAUCGCCCCCAGUGUCAUGGCUCCCCUGCCAAAGCGGGCAGCCCUGGAGAAAGCCAACGGGGCCUCUGCUGUGUUUAACACCGGCAUGCUCCAGUACCAACAGGCCCUGGCCAGCAUGCAGUUUCAGCAGCAGGCUGCUUUCCUCCCAUCAGUUCCCAUGAUGCACGGUGGUACCCCCGUCACUGUGUCUGCAGCCACCACAUCUGCCACAAGCGUUCCCUUCGCAACUGCCUCCACCAAUCAGAUUCCAAUAAUAUCUGCAGAUCAUCUGAGUAGUCACAAGUACUUGACUCAAAUGUAGUUCCUCUCAAGAACAAUCAAAUGAAUGUGUGCUGGCACCGUCCGAGCCAAAACAGUUCAGCCUUUAUUUCCAUACAACUUUAAGAAUGUCAAGCAAUGGCACCGAGGAGGGUCUACCAUCUGUCAAAACAUCCAGGGUGCUACCCGUGCCAUCUGCCCACAUGUAAAAAGCUGAGAGAGAAGAGGCCAUCUUGGUGCCUGGGGGGGAGGGAUGAGGGAAGGGGGAGGGGGAGGUCAGUGGGUCUCAUCACACCGCUGUACAUCUAAAUCAUGGCUCUCGAUUGGUUGUAAUUCACUUCACCGGACGCGGAGAAGGUCAAAGAGUGACGUUGCGUGAGUCUAAAAGUACACCUCUGGUACGUCAGGCGACCAAGAUUUCUUUUAUUCCUUUUUUUGGUUUUGUUUUAAUUAAUCAGCCAUAUUUCGUCGUUUACAAAAAAAAAAGAAAGAAAAAAAACAACAAAAAAAAAAGACAUGCACCUUGAAUUUGAAUCGAAACGAGAAAGGCACAGCCAUUUUGAAACAGGAAAUCUGCUAAGGCGAUUGAGCACAUGCAGUAUUGUGUGUGUGCGUGUGUUUGUGUGCGCGCGCGACUAGUCAAACUAGACUCGGAUGGAUGAAUAAAUGAGGGUUGUGGACAUAUGAAUGUUGUGGGUAAACCAACAUACCUGUGUACCUUGAAAGCACAGCCAGGCUUGCUCUUCUCACCUUGUCACGUGCCAUGGAGGCCAUACAGCUCAAACCAGAGUGUUGUCUCAGCAGUGUUAUUUGUUUACCGAGGGUAAAAUUGAAACGGAAAAAAAACACACAAAAAAAAAUGUUGUAUGGCUCUUACUAUUGUUUAAGAAAUGUUAAUAAUUUUAGAAGUGGGUUUUUGUGCUAAUUUUUAUGUUUUUAAAUCUUUUAAGUAUGACUUUUAAAUGGAAACAAAAUGUAGUUCCUCUUUUAAUCGACUAGAGUGCUGUUUUGGUUGGGGGUUUUUUUUGCCCUCCCUUUGUCCUGUCGAGAUGACGUUGUCGCUCAAGUCCAUCGACUCUAAAGCCUCUCGAAUAGGAGUGUGUUGCUUAAGCUGACUUGUUGUUACCUUGUCCUCUUUUAAAGAGUUGCUCUGUUCAAGAAACUCUGUCGAGCCGCGCGCUAAUAGCAAUGUAAGACAAUAAGGUCUGUUCGGUCAUUGUAACAAAAACAACAACAACAAAAAAAGUACACUUCAGUGAUUGUUUAUCUGAGUCACAUGUCAUAGACAGCAGCGAUUCCCAACACCCAAGUGCUCAUUUAGCUUCCAAAAAAAACUUAUUUAUUACGCAGUCAUUGAUUCAAAUGUUACGUACGUGUUGCCAUGCGGAAUAGACAGUUAGGCCUUCAGGAGAUUUAAUAUGUUUGUCCUCAAGCUAUUUCGACACUUCAAUUUGGUUGAUGAUGCGUACAAACAGACUAUGAAAAAAAAAAUACUGUCGUGACCAUAUUUGGGCAUGCAGGGUUUCUCGACCCACACACGACGAUGUGAAAAAUCUCUUGGCACACCACCAAACCAAAAUCUCACCAAAACAAAAACCAAAAAAAACUCGUCUCAUUUUACUAACAAAUUGACUUCUUCAGCAUAAAUUCUGGGUCAGUUUAGUUACUUUUUUAUUGCUCUUCCUGUCACUAUAGUCACACAAAGUAGAUGAAAAAAGGUCCUUUUUUUAAAAAAAAAAAAUCAUUUUCAGACUGAUGAAGUCAACUUUCUCGCGGCCCACUCGAUGAUCUCUUACAACACAGUGUUGGGAAUCACUGCCUCUAGCCAAAAACACACACAAAGGGAUUCAGACCCCCCCCCCCCACCCUCCUCCCCAGAAGGCUUAACUUCAAAAUCGCAGAAGCCAAAAAAAGUCGUUACAGCGUCUCUCGUCGAGGAAUCAUUUUGGUUCACGCGAGUUUGUGUUCGUACCGCAGUUGUGUUCAUCUGACCGUUGUGUUGCCACAGAGGUGUGACCGCGCGUCUCUAGCGAUUGUAUCGUACCUAACAAAGCCUUAGAUGACCAUGAAUUGGGUCACGGCCCAAACUUGUCAAUCACCAUGCAGGUAAAGAGCACCAAUGAUGUUUUCUAGUUAUCUCACCACGCCGCUUGCGAUACGUUUGUGCUUUCUCUUUCUCGAUGUAACGAUUCUUCUCUUUGAAAAUCCAUUUAAGAGCUUUUAUGUACUACUUAAGGAUUUGAAUCUCUUUGAGAUGCGUAGUUGUAGAUUUUUUUUUUUUUUGCCUUACUAUAUAACCAUAUUACUUGACAGCAUCGAUAUAGCCGUUGUAGAUUUUGAGGUUGUAUGACAUUCAUAAUUUUUUUUUUCAAACCAUUUAUAAAUGAUAACGUUUUAAAUAUUCACGUCAUUCAUAUAGCUGGAUGUCUUUUUUUUUCCAGUUGGUGUUACAUGAUAUGUUUGUUUUGAUAUGUGCAACAUGUGGAAUUAGUUUUGCUGGGAUCGCAGCAACAACCGUUUUCCAUGUCGGCGUGUCAAGAUCAUGUUUGAAUAUAUGUUGUAUCAAUCUAUAGGUUGUCCAUGUUUUAGGGUAAACAUAGUUUUCUACUGUAUCCAUUUCAAAGAAAAAAAAAUAUGUGGUUUGGUUGGAAAUAUUUCUUAAAUUUGCCCUGAAUGUCAGGCCAAAAUGAGCAGUUGAGAUUUUGGGGUGUUUGGAUAUUAUUAUUGUUAUUAUUGUUAUUGUUUGUUUAUUUUUAUUUUUUUCCGGGUUGGGGGGGAGGGGUGGCUGGCGUGAAUCGGAGAGAAGACUUGCCCCUGCUGGUGAAGUCAGAAAUGCUGCAGAUGAUGAGUUCUAACCUAAGGGACGAAGGUUGUGACUUUUUGCACUUCUGUAUAUAGUAAAUAAACAGAGACAAAUGUGUAUCAUAUUGAGAUUAUUUUGAAUAAUGAAAAAAAAAAGAUCUAUAAUUAUAAGAAAUUUUGUUAGAUUAAUUUAAAUUCAUAAAUUAGAUGACCAGCUAAAAUUGCUUGCAAAGAAGGGCACUAGUUUCUUGGCCGAUGCAUUUGGAGAAAGCUAUGCGCUUUUUUGUCUUCUUUUAUCAGUGGCUAGUUUUGCCUGGGAAUGUUUUUUUGGGGGGGGGGAAUAAUGGUCCCCCUGUCCUGCUUAAUCCACCCCUUCGAAUGAUCACAUUAUUUCAUUUGUUGGCCACAUCACUGCUCCCACAACUCUCACUUGAUCCAGAAAAAUAAGAAAACAUAAAAAAAAAAUCUAUAUAUUGUAUUCCAUUAUGAUUUGACUGCAUGUAAAACCACGUAAACAAAAACAUAGCAAUGUAAGGAAAGUUUUUCACAAUAAUCCGUACAGUAGAUAACAUCCACAGUGGGGGGGGAGAGAGAGAGAGAGAGACAACCCUUUUCCCCAACAACUCAUCUUACGCUUGUGUGAUGAAAUAGUUUCUGAGCAAAUAUGUUAUUUCAAGAAUACUGAAAAUAUGAGCACUCAUCCAACCCAAAUACUUUUUCCAGAGCCAUAUACGAUAUAUAUUUCCAGUCGACUCACAGCAAGUUGUGUUAUGCUCUGCUCUCCAGACUGUGCGCUCAGCAGGUGAAGGCCGGCCAUGCCAAAUGCACAUUUGGGCAAAGUCUUGAACAUGAAUGUAAAGCGGCUGCUGUAUUGUUGCUACAGAACCAAAGCACCAGAUUCUCAAAAACCAGACGUUCAGUCCGUCUCUUCCCUGCUGGGGGCACACACACACACACACACACACCACGCCAAUGCUUUUUGCCCGCUUUUUACUUGUAAGUGCAACUACCACUUAUGUAUUCGCUAAACAGUUGCUACAAGAUGAUGUCUUAUUUGUUUAUGCACACUUGAUUGUUGCCAUAAUUGACUCUUAUCUGUCUGGAUGAAAAAAUAAAUAAAUAAAAAAGGAUUUGAUUUGCUCAUGCAA